ACAUAGUCGUGGCUGCAGGGCGCAAAUGACAAGAUUGAGGAAGGAGGCCUAUUAUCGAAGGCGCGAAACAUAUGACCUCGCUGUGUCAAACUUACGGAACUCACUGACCGUACACCCCACCACUAGGGCUGUCCAGUUGGUUUUGGAUUUCAUAUAAAAGUCCAGGCGACCACGAUAAUGAUAUCAGUCACCUGCUCUGAUUAGUACAGCAAAAUGUUCUCCAAAAUUGUCGCUAUAAGCGCCGUGUUGGCAGCCGUCAACGCUGGCUUCCUUCCAGUGCACCAUGGAGCCGUGUCCUCCCAGAGCAUCGUCCGCCAUGACACCCCCGUACACUACGGAGCUUCGUACUAUGCCGCCCCAGUGGUUCACGCCGCCCCCGUAGUUCACGCUCCCGUCGUACACGCUCCCAUCGUCCAUGCCGUCCAUGCUGCCCCAGUACAUGCUGAAUACUCUCACCCAAGAUACGACUACUCUUACUCCGUCGCUGACCCCCACACCGGCGACCACAAGUCCCAGCACGAGAGCCGCGACGGUGGUGCUGUCCACGGAUCCUACUCUCUGGUUGAACCCGACGGUUCCGUCCGCAAGGUUGACUACACCGCUGACGACCACCAUGGUUUCAACGCUGUGGUCCACAAGACCCCCGGCCACCACCCCGCCCCGGUAGUCCACGCCGUCCACGCCGUCCACGCCGCCCCCGUGGUCCACGCUGCCCCCAUCCACGUCGCUCCCCUCGCUCAUGGCCAUCAUGGUCUCCACUACUAAACGAAUAAAAUAGGUUGUGAUCGCGUUGAAUGAAUGAGUUGUGAUAUUUAUGUGUAUAGAACUUCUGUGUGAAUACUCUUGUAAAUAAAUAUACAAUUUACUGAUCAGUA